GAAAUGCACCCGAACCACUGAGAGGGACAGUUGGGGCCGGCUGCAUACUGAGAGCGGCAAAGAGCAGCGAUGGCCUGGACAAAGUACCAGCUCUGCCUGGCGGCGUUGAUGCUGAUCACCGGCUCCAUCAACACGCUUUCCGCGAAGUGGGCUGACAAGCUGAAGGCACCAGGCUGCCAUGGGACAGAACCACACUAUUUCCAGCAUCCCUUUCUACAGGCAGUGGGCAUGUUUCUGGGGGAAUUUUCCUGCCUGGCUGUCUUCUACCUCCUGCUCUGCACUGACCGGAGGAGGCCAGAACCCACCAUGACAGCUCCUCAGCCCUUUAACCGAUUGCUUUUCUUGCCUCCAGCACUAUGUGAUAUGACAGGGACUAGCCUCAUGUAUGUGGCUCUGAACAUGACCAGCGCUUCUAGCUUUCAGAUGUUGCGUGGAGCUGUGGUCAUCUUUACGGGCCUGCUCUCCGUAGCUUUCCUGGGGAGGAAGCUGGUACUGAGCCAAUGGCUGGGCAUCCUGAUCACCAUUGUAGGCCUGGUGGUGGUUGGCCUGGCAGAUUUGCUGAGCAGUCAUGAUGAAAGCCACAAACUCAGUGAGAUCAUCACAGGUGACCUUCUCAUCAUUAUGGCCCAAGUUAUUGUGGCCAUUCAGAUGGUGCUGGAGGAGAAGUUUAUCUACAAGCACAAUGUUCACCCUCUGCAGGCUGUUGGCACUGAAGGUUUCUUUGGGUUCGUCAUACUCUCCAUCAUCCUGGUGCCCAUGUACUUCAUACCUGGGGGCAGUUUCAGCGGUAGCCCACGGCAGGUACUGGAAGAUGCUAUAGAUGCCUUCUGCCAGAUUGGCCAUCUGCCACUUAUUGCUGUAGCCCUGCUGGGCAAUAUGAGCAGCAUUGCCUUCUUCAACUUUGCUGGCAUCAGUGUCACAAAAGAGAUCAGCGCCACCACCCGGAUGGUACUUGAUAGCCUGCGCACCAUUGUCAUCUGGGUUGUCAGCCUGGCCAUUGGCUGGGAGGUCUUUCAUGGACUGCAGAUCCUGGGUUUCCUCAUCCUUCUCGUUGGAGCUGCCCUUUAUAAUGAACUGCACCAGCCCCUCCUUGCUCGCCUGCCCUGGAGGAGGCCACCAGCAGGGGUUGCAGCGAGAGAUGCUGAUAGAGAAGGUCUGCUGGCCACAGACGAGCUUUCCAUUAAUGGAGACAGUUGAUGGCAAUGGAACUUUUACUUCUGCACCACCACUUAGGACCUUUUAUUGAAUGAAUUGGCCUGUAUUGCUGGGAGAUCGGGCUAAAAACACUCAACUGGUUUCAAGAUCUGCUUUGUAGCUUUGGGGAUGCUUUGCUUAACUUUAAACAUCUGGAUGGCUCUUCAUUAUUUCAUUCUUCUGCCUUUUACUGAAGGAAGUGCGGUGGCGGGGUGUUACCCUUUCUCUAGCAACCACAGAGUGGAGAUCUGCUGCUGCUAAGCAGCCCUGAAGUGGUUAUGGGCUCUCUCCUGGGGUUGCUUGGAAGCCAUCUAAAGCCUUGCUCCAUCUUGCUUCAUCAGCAUUUUGGGAUGGGGACAGUGGACGUAAUUGGAAAGAUUUUCUGGGAACCUUAUAGUUCUUCGGCUGUACCAUCUGCCUUGUGGGUACCUGUCUCUUUAUUGUUUAUCUUCUGUUAAAAUAACAUCACAAAGCAAUUGGAGGAGGACCUUUGCUUAUCCCCAGUAGUCCAGCCUGCAUAAAGGAUACUCUCAUGCUUCUGCCAAAUAGGAUCUUGUCUACUCCAUUUUAAAAAGACAAGUGCAAGUGACCAUCUUUCCCUGAUAAGCCAUUUUCAUCAUUUCUCAUUCUCAUUCCUCUGCAGGAUCCAAUCUCAGUUGGUCACCAGAGGCUUCGUCUUCCAAACUUUUGGACUCCUCCUGGAGCCCAUUCUGGAAAGAGAGAAGUUCCCUGAAGAUGGACUCCAUCCUCAGGAAACUUCUGAGUUCCUCCCUGUGAGUCUCCCUUUGAGUCCGAAAGCUUGGAAGACGAAACCUGUGGUCCAGGUGACCAACUCAGAUUGGAUCCUGGGACACGAAUAUUUGCCUCCGGCUCCUUUCUCCAAAGUGGCCUUCCCCAACCAGAUGAUGGGCAAGAGGGGCAAUUCAACACAUGCAAAAGGGAACAGCAAACUAGAAAAGGUUGCCCUCAUCUGCCUGUAUACUGUAUACCUUGCCUCUUUCUUGACCUUUUAAGAAAGAGCUGCUCUAGUGAGGUCUAAUGAAGUGCUUUCUGUUUCCCUUUCGUCAUGUGAGAAGUUUACUGCUGACCUGGGUCAAAGCUGGCUGUUGAGUAGUAAGAUGGGAGCUGCUUUAUUGAGCAGCCUCAGAUCAAGGACAUGGUGUGCAACAGUUUAUAAUCUGGGAUUACAGUCCAGCAUAUUUUGCCGUAUGAUACCCAGGAUCUGGGAUUUAGUAAAGCUGUUCUGGCUGCUAAAGAGAAUAGCUGGUCCUAGAUCAUGCAGUUACAGAGUUUGGAAAAAGGGAGCACCAGUUGAGUUACUUAUAUGUGCCAUUUUUUGCUAUUUGUACUGAAAAGGCCUAGAGUUUAAAGACCAAGUGCCGAGUUUUGUUUUGUUUUUGUUUUUUUGUGAAACGGGCCAGCAGUUGGCACAGUUGGUGUACUCUUUAAUAUCUGUAUACUUAUCCACACAUGUCUGAGCAACAAUAAGGAAAUAGGGACUUUUAGAAAAACAGUGACUCAUUUCCAGACUAUUGCUAUUUCCAGAGAUGCUACUGGCCUGCCAUCUGAAAGAAAGCCCAUGCAUCCUGAUCAACUGUGGCCUGUUGAUGGAUUUUAGGAGUGCACAGAAAGUGCCUUCUUUUAAAGGACACCCUAGGUACUUGAGAUCAAUUGUCCAGGUAUCAGCAACCCCUCUCUGCUUGACAGCUUCCCUAAGUGCUUAGCAGAUCUUGCCCAUGUGCCCUCGAUGACACUGUUAAGCGAUUGGGACAUGGAAUGGAGAUAACAGUUGGAUUUCUCCUGGUUGGGAGAUACUAAACAAGAAUGCAGUUUUGUAACCAAUAAAAUACUUUCUGAU